GUACUAAUGAACCCUUAUCAAACAGUUUCCUUCCUUUCUUCUUCGUAAACACAUAAGCAGAGUUAGAAGCAUUGGAUUGUUAGCUUAGCGAUCUUUCGAUCUUCGCGAAACGAGGGAGAAGAUAUGGCGGACCUAAGAGACCAGUACGGGAACCCGAUACAGCUCACUGACGAGCUUGGCAACCCGGUUGUGCUGACGGACGAGUUCGGGAACCCCAUGCAUCUUUCCGGUGUUGCCACCACCCCAGGCAGUGUCGGUACUGGUGGUGUCAUUGGCACUGGAACCGUUAUGGGCACUGGGGCCACCGUUGAAGAAGGUGGCCAUGAGCAGCUGCAGCGGACUCAGGCGGUGGAGGAGAGCGGUGAGCAUCGCCGGUCCAGCAGUUCUAGCUCCAGCUCGUCCGAGGAUGACGGGCAAGGAGGGAGGAGGAAGAAGAAGGGGUUAAAGGAGAAGAUCAAGGAGAAGCUCGGGGCCGGGAAGAGCACAGGGGAGCAGCCCACCGAGAGCACGGCCUAUGCAGUCGAGCAACCCCAACACGAGCAGCACCAUGAGAAGAAGAGCAUGAUGGAGAAGAUCAAGGAGAAGCUCCCCGGUCAUCACGGCAGCAGCACCACUACUACAAACCAUUGAUCGUAAAACGGGUUUCCAAGUUUGAAGGCAGUCGAUAAUGUCAGAGUUCCGCAUGCCUUGAUCUCAAGAUGUGUUUGCCUUUUUAAGAUUUGCUUCUUUGGUAGAUAAAUAAGUAGGGACAUCUGCUAUUUCUGUGUGUGCUGUAUAUUUUUUUGGUUUGGCUCCCUGUACAAGGACGAGCUUUGCAUCUCAAAGUAUUGCUUUCCGAUAUCAUCUACGGGGCACCGUCCUCAUCCUAUCUGA